AUGUCGGCUAGCAGUAACUGGACCAACCAGCCCUUCGCCUUUGCUUCGACCGUUACUUUGCGUUUCGUUUCGAGGGUGCGACAGAGGGCGCCUAUUGGCAUGGAUGAUUGGCUCACAUUGCCAGCAAUGGUUCUAAUAAUUGCUAUGGGAGUGUGCCUGAUUUAUGGAUAUGCAAAGAAAAUUAUGGGCUACCCCACGCCAUUUCCAGCCGGAAGUGACCCACAAAGCGCCAUGUCGCGGUAUAUGGAGGCAUAUGAGACCGAGGCCAAGAUUGAGUUUUAUUAUCAGCUGUUUAUGAUUCCAGCAUACGGCUUCAUCAAGCUUAGCAUCAUCCUAUUCUAUCGGCGUAUUUUCGUCGUAUCCAAAACUUCGAAGCUGAGUUGGGCCUUCCAAGGUCUUGUUGGCCUGACUGUUGUGUGGACCCUCGCAUUUUUCUUCCUUUUUUUGUUCGGAUGCAGAGAGAAGAUCUACCUUCAUUGGGCCCCGCUUGAGGAAGUCAACAAUCAGUGCGGUAAUCCACUCACAGCGGAGUCGGCCCUUGUCAUUUCGGACCUCAUAAUGGAUCUUAUCAUCUUUUGCUUACCCCUACCAAUUAUCUGGGGCCUCCAAAUGCGUCCGGGCCAAAAGGUAGCUCUAAUUGGAGUCUUCUGCGUGGGUUUUGUAGCUGUUGCGGCAUCGAUAGUACGUCUCGCAAUUUACCUCAUUGUGUACAAAAUUGGCCUCGAUGCCGGAUAUGACUUGGACCAGACCGUUACGACGAUGCUUUGGUGGAGUAUGAUUGAGGCUAGUUUAGGGCUUAUAGUUGCUUGCCUACCAGUGCUCCGCCCCCUCCUCAGCAAUAUCAAGUUUGGCCGGACUCCACGCAAGGAUCGCAGUGACGGGGUAAGUGAGGAGUCCCGACAGCGCCUCUUCACAUUGGAACCAUAUUCUGCACCCGCAUUCCGAACUCAGAGUAAGCCUGGUAGCUGGACCACGCCCUCCAACCCCUCACUCCAUGGAGAGGUGUGA